UUCAGUGUGCGCCUUUACGUGUGUUUGAAGUUAAUAUUUAACAACGUGAAGCGAUAAAGAGUAAGACAAGCCAAGCAAACAAAAAGUAGACUUGAAACAGCUUUUUGAAAAAGACACAAUGGCUACCAUGCGAGCCGCCAAACAGGCGCUCAGAAAGGAAAUAAAGAGACGAGUUGCGGCACUCAGUGAGCAGGAGAAACUCAGACAGUCUUCAGUUGUCUCCCAAAAACUCUUCAGACACCCAAAGUAUGUGGCGUGUCAACGCAUCGCGGUGUUCCUCAGCAUGGAUGACGAGGUGCGCACAGAGCAAAUCAUCAGCGACGUGUUCGGAACGGGUAAAAGAUGCUUCAUCCCCAGAUACGAGCAUGGCAGCAACCACAUGGACAUGUUGAAACUCAACAGUCUGCAAGACAUGGCCACCCUACCGGUCACAUCCUGGAAUAUCCAACAGCCUGACCAAGACGACCACAGCAGAGAAGAAGCUUUGGCUGCAGGAGGUCUGGACCUCAUUUUGAUGCCAGGCCUAGGGUUUGACCUGUCUGGGAAGCGUCUGGGCAGAGGAAAGGGUUUCUAUGAUACUUACCUGGAACGCUGCAUCCGACACCCCAAAGGCAAGCCCUACACCAUCGCCCUGGCCUUUAAAGAGCAGCUGUGUCAGGACAUCCCCGUUGACGACAAUGACGUGCUCAUUGAUGAAGUCCUCUAUGAAGAUGAGCAGUAAUUGCUCUUGGAUGUUUAUGCUCAAUCUGAGCCAAAGCAAAGGAUUGCGGCAGAGAUUGAUGGCUGUCAAUCUGCAGGUGAUGUUCCAGUUCUACCAUACUUGAUUUUGUGUGUGGCAUUCUAGUGGCUAUCAAACACAUUUUCAUGGGCGGCCAAACUUCAGUGGAGUUUGUGUGUGGCGGCGUGUUGCUAAUGCAUGCCAGCUGAAGUGCUGCUGGCUGUGCAGAGUUACAAUGCCAUCUACCGGACGGAGUUGUAACAACAGCUCAUUCAGACAUCACUAUAAUGUUAAUAAAUAACAAAUACACUCAACAAAAAUGUCAACGCAACACUUUUGUUUUUGCUCCCAUUUUUUUAUGAGAUGAACUCAAAGAUUUAAAACAUUUUCCACAUACACAAUAUCACCAUUUCUCUCAGAUGUUGUUCACAAAUCUGUGAUCUGGCGUCGUGUGGGUCAAUCAAACAAAACUGCACAUUUCAGAGUGGCCUUUUAUUGUGGGCAGUCUAAGGCACACCUGUGCACUAAUCCUGGUGUCUAAUCAGCAUCUUGAUAUGGCACACCUGUGAAGUGGGAUGGAUUAUCUCAGCAAAGGAGAAGUGCUCACGAUCACAGAUUUAGACAGAUUUGUCAACAAUAUCUGAGAGAAAUGGUGAUGUUGUGUAUGUGGGAAAAGUUUUCGAUCUUUGGGUUCAUCUCAUAAAAAAUGGGAGCAAAAACAGAAGUGUUGCGCUUAUAUUUUUGUUGAGUGUGCAUGAAUCCACAAUGUUAAUUGCUGUUUUUUUAAACUUAUUAUUACUAUUAAUAAAAUCAUUUAAAAAAAAUAUGUAAUUAUAAAAUUAUUGUAUUAAAGAAAAUUUUUAAAAAGUCAAAAAUUAAAGGGACCACACAGUUUCCCUAUCCUUUACAGACACAGAGUAUUCAUGACAUAUUUGGCACAAGGCUUUUUCUUCCCUUGUGACUGGCUGGUCACCCGUCCAUGGUGUACCCCGCCUCUAGCCUAAAGUCAACUGGGACAGACUCCAGCUCACCUCAGACCCUAAUGAGGAAAAACACGAUAGAACAAGAACUGAUGUACAGUAAUCCUUCGUUUUUUGUGGUUCAUUGGUUCCAGACCCGACCGUGAUGAGUACAUUUCUGCAAAGAAGGAGUCUCUAUUUAUGACUCUAAUAUUUUCAUUCAUACAAAAUCUGUUUACGACCUUUUAAGUAAGCUAUUGAAGACAUAAAUAAGACUUGUGCUCGUGUGUUACGCUAAAUGUGUUCCGGUGGCACGGAAAAGAAGUGACGUCGGGGGUGCAGAGUUGAGUUUUAGCUGGGUUGCCGUGGGUUACGGCCGCAACAGUUGCCCGUGUUAGGGAUUAUUGUGCCUGUUGUGGGGUCAUUCAAACCUGCGAUAAAAGCCUGUUGCUCCGGCGAUCAAGUCUGGUGCUUGUGUGUCUCAGCGAACAUUACAGUAACGUUAGUGUACACCUACUACUCCAUUUAACCAUUUUUAUGCUUGAAAAUGCUUCAUUUAGGUACAAAAUACAUCAAAUGUGCUUAAAUAUGCAUAUUUUUUUAGUAGACCACGAAAACAGCGACCAAGCUAUUUCAACGACUAAUCUGACCAAGUGGGGUCAUUUGUGACCCCAUUGACUUUAUAUGGGAAUAUUUCUAUAUAAAUAAUUGUUUUAGGGUUCUUCAUAUUUAUUUCACUCUCUAAUAUAUUUGUCCAUCAUCUUAUGUAAUAAGGCAUGGAAUUUGAUUUUUUUUUUUUUUUUUUUUUUUUUUACAAAAAAGAAACCCCAAAACACACACCAAUAGAACAAUAUUACAUUUAUUUAGACAACCCUUGUCUGUUACAUAUUAUAAAACGCACUUUUACUUUUAGUUCUUUGCAUUUUGCUUUUUUUUGUCAAAUAUAAAAACAAGAAAUCAAAAAGUAAAGUUCCUUUGCAAAAAUAUGUAUGACAACGUGGUAGGAUAAUUAUCAGCAUCAAAGUAUAGAAGACCCGGUGACUAGCAAAUAUGCCAAUACUUUAACACAAAUCUUAUUUGUUAAUGUGUUAUAUCAUUACACAUAAUAUCAUUACAUAUCAUUACACAUAAUAUCAUCGAUACGGUAACAGAAAUAAUAAUUAUAUGGCUGAAUUAUCUGAAACAUGUAACUGUCAAAAUAGAAUACCUAGUUAGCAAAAAUGCUCUUUCAUAAUCAUGGUAAUGAUUCUGGGCAUCCAGAAUUUGUCUCAAUGCUUGUGCAGCUGUAAGUCUUGCUAUUCGAGGUCUGUUGGCCAUGCUUUCCUACAAAACAGUUAAUUAUAACGAUUAGAGUUGACAAAUUACAUGAUCAUCUGAAGCUCUAAUGUAAAAAAAUCUCAUCGAUCUUCCCGGGGUCAUAAGUGACCCUGCACGAGUUUGUAUUAAAAUUUGCUACAUGGAUUGGCCGAUCCUUGCCAAAUUCUAUUAACAGAUGUAGGACAAAUAGGUUGACAAAGUCCUGGUUGGAAACUUUAUUCCGAUUAAAAUUAGAAAAAUGGUACACAAAAAAUGGUGCACGGGGUCAUAUAUGAGCCCACUCGGUCGCUUUAGGGUUAAUAUAAUUUAGAAAAACCGUAAUCGAGUGAAGUUGCGAAAUUUGAAGCGCCAAGUGGUGAAGGAUUACUGUACUUGCUAAAUAUAAGUCGGCACCAGUGAUCCCUCCUGCUACAUCUUCUUCUCUGGCAGGUGUACAUGAGGGGUAUUAACAAGCACAGAGUCCCAUUAUAUUGUGUUCAUGAGCGAGGACCAACAGGUAGCGCCAAGUCUAUUUGUAGCGGUCCAAAUGUACUUGUGGCGAGCCGCCACAGAUGAAUGUAUGAGAAACAUUGGAUGUAUGCGUGCCUGUGAAUAUUCUCAUUCAUCCAGCUCAUUGUGUUCUCGGGGCAUUCAAUCGGUCGGAAACAAACUGUUCAGGUUGUCGUAGAAGACGUUUCCCCUCUCAUCCGAGACGUGUGCGUAUUCUUUCCAGGCUUUGGUGCGCCACAUCGCGGGCGUGACGGGUCUUGAGUUUGACAUAGUGAGGUGAUCAAUGUUAUCAUUUCAUAAACUUGACACAUGUUUUGCCUCAAGUCUGAUGACAAACAUUUUCCUGGUGACGGAGCAUCAGGAAAACAUCAGUCAAGACAUCAACCUCUGUGGCUCAGAGUGUGCAUGUGUUCGCCCCAAGCUUAACCAGUCCAUCGAAUGAAGGCGUGGACUUGAAAAAGCUACUGUCAUGCAACAAUGAAUUCUUUGGAGGGCAUGUAGCGCACGUGGUGACUGUCCUUGUGCAUCCAGCAGGAGGCAGUAGAGACAGGAAGUUUAUGUUUGCUGACAUUCCUGCUUCAGCAUGUUGACACCCUCCAGGUUGCUGCCACAGUAACAAAAAGCGUGAUUGUUUCCAGAUGUUUCCCCACAUCAAAGUGGACUGUUUGAGCUUUUCAGGUAGACGUGUGAAGGUGACGUGAUGGGAUGUGUUUGCCGCUUGACGUGGGUCCAAGAGAGGACACUCCCGGGGCUUUUACCAUUCUGCAGUAAUCUGAGAUGGGAACAUCUGGAAAAGAUGAAUCAAGCAGCAGCUCAAUGAGCUCAGCUGCUUCAGGAGUUGAAACAACAACUUCUGGUGCAGUCAGUCCUCACCAGGGGCAUCAAGACAUUUUCAAGGCAUUACAACAUUAGUGAACACGCUCUCCGUCUUGUCGAAAGGAUUUUCUUUUGUUUUCUUCCAAAUGAAAAGGUCCUCCUGAACUGUCACGUUAUGUUCUUCCAUGUGGGUGACCUCCCCCGUCUGUGGUGACACGUGGUACGUGGAAGAAGCGGUCGUGCUCGGCACCUGAGACUCAUUUUAAAGAAUAGGACUUAGUCAUCAUUAAAUGUUGCUUCCUUUUAUAGCUCUGCAAAAGUUGCAUUGACCCGUACAAGGUGUCCCACAUGUGUCCACACCUAGGCAAAAAUGCAUCUCUUAUACAAUUACAUAAAAAGUAGCACACGCACACCAUAUAUAAUAGACACAAUAAUAUAAACAAUAUCUUGUAUAUAUAAUAUAUACAGUAAUUUAUAUAUUACUAUAUAUAAAUUAUAUGUAUUAUUUAUAAUGCAUAUUGUCUUUAUUUAUAAUAUAUGUUGUAUAAAAUAUAUAAAAACUGUACAAUUUAUUAUAUUUAUAUAAUUAAUUUUAUUAAUGUAUUUGAACGUUUUUAUUGUGUAUAUAAAUUAAUUUCUAUAGUCUUGUGAGUCAAAGCCUGCUAGACGGCUUACGGGAUUUGUAGUUUUCAUUGUUUGUUAUCCUCCUCACUCACACCAAUCUUUAUCAAGGAAAGGGACAGUUUGUAAUCUAACAGGUUUGCUGUGCACGUGUGCACGUGUGCGUCGAAACACGCCAACCCCUGGCCACCUCAAAGCUGUAACCCUUGAGGAAACACUGCACACUAAUAAUCAAACGCAGUAAACUCUAUGCAUUAAAUAUUUCAUUUUUAUUACCAUACAUUCAUCUUUUCUAAAACAACACUUAAAAAUGAGGAUGUGACAUUUUUGCAAGGCAAUAUUCCUCAUGUGCUCUUAUUACUUUCACAACCAGUCAACCCCCCCUCAAAUAUGAAGAAAAUAUAAAAUAGUCUAUUUUUGGGGGUAAUUGUCAAUAAAAGAACAUUGAGUGGCUUACAAACAGAACAUUGUGCAAUUGAUGAUAAAACAUUAAAAACUGGCACUUUUAUACAAGCUGGAUAUUGGACACACAUGUAUGCUUUUAAAAACAACACCAGUGUGUGAAAGUUACAAGUUUUCGGAGCCGCACGAUUACAAAAUGACAACUCUGACCUGGAGAUGAGCCCACAAGCAUCUAACUUGUUGCCACAGGAUACCACACUUGACAUCAAGUACUGUACUGUACGGGUUCGGGUUCGGGUUCAGCAUCUGGAUUGAAAUCCACCCAUACCUUUUCCACUAAGAGCUGGAGCCUAUCCCGGCUAGGCAGGCGACACCCUGGACAGCUCACCAGUCCACCACAUGACACACUUAGACAAACACGCAUUCACACUCACAUUCACAAGUCCGACGAGUCAACCAGAAGAUGUUCUAUCAACGUUUUAACAGCAAGAGUGAGCAGAUCGCCAAAUCUAAAACUUUUUUAAAAACGAUAACACUAAAUCUGUCUGUGGCAGUCAACAUGAAUUGUGGUGGGCCGCCACAGAUGAAUGAAUGUAUGGGGUGAACGUAUAAAAUCAGCAGGGGAUCAAAUACUUAUUUCCCCCAGUCAGCCAGAAGCUCUCCUGGUAAGCAAAAAGCCUGCUUGAACAAUCACAUAAAGCUGCUUUUAACGAGUUUCCCUGAACACGUUACACGUAAUGUCUUCCUAAAAGUUCACUUCAGAGUCAAGAAGCGAUAUCGAGGUUUUGGUGCUGCCUCCUGUGGGCUUGUCUUGUUCUUCAGGUACUCUGUCCUUGUCUGUCCGUGUUUGGGCCGUCACAUGGCUUCAUAGAGCAGCAUCCCGUUGAAGAUGGUCAGCGGUUCCACAGAGUGGGCCAGCUUGCCCAUCACCAGGUCGAUGCAGACCGUGUCCCCAGCCUGCAGUGGGAGGAUGAUGUUGAAGACCGCCAGCGAGCCUGGAGGGGUUUUAGCCUCGGCCAUGGGGUUGUUCUCCAGCCCCUCGGGCUGGUAGCCCCCAGAGUCCACGCGGGCCAUGCCGUAGUUGGAUUUGGACAAAACUGCCUCGAUCUUCUCGUUCUUAUGGCCUGUCAGGAUGGCGCUGAAGAAGUAGUGUCCAUCGACGGGGGCUGUGAAAAUGCCUGAGAGGGAAAAUUUUACUGUUAAUUCAUGCAAAAAUAUGUCCCCGAGGAACUUUUAUUUGUAUUAGGUUAUGUUUGACCUGUUCUAGGGUCAUAGAAAUCUCCUUCGUUGACAAAGAUCUUAUCAAAGAUGAUGGUUCCUGCCCUCUCCAUCGGGACAGUCAGCGCAGCAGAGAAUGACAGUUUGGGUAAAUGAGCAUCAACACCCGGCAGUCCUGACAAAACACACAUUUGGACUAAUUACUAUGACAAUAUUCCUUCAUUUAUGAAUCCUAACCCAAUCUCACACUGUGGUGCAGUGGUUCCCCUACCCUUAUAUAAGGGGGAGAACCCUCAUACAGUCACAACUUGGUUUUUGAACGCCCCAGUUUUCAGAUGAUUCGGUUUUCAACCAAAAUUUUGCCUCUGUUUUUGAACACUGUCGCGGUUCUUGUAAAAUAUGUGAAAACAAAGUAGUCUGUUUUGUUUUUGGAUGACUCCUCUGCUAUUUGCUAAAACUGCGUAGUCUGUUACCUAAAGGGUACGUAUGCAAUGUGAUGCUACUGUCACAUCAGCGUUUGCUCAUGCCUGACUUCCAUUAUCAUCUAAAGCAGCGGGGCCCAUUACGUCCAUCGCGAGCUACCGGUAGAUCGCCAAGGUAGUUUGGGUCGAUGGCGUGAACGUCACUUUGUCGUUGUCAUAUGACAUCAGUCAGCUGACAUUAAGCUCCCCUCCUUAUUCAAGCAACACACGGGAGAUGCAACUUUCAUCUUAAUUAUUCUGAUUACGGAUAAACUAACUUAGCGGUAAGAUGCUUAAGUCUUUAACAAAAGCUAUCUGUUCACUUGUAGCGGGUAGUUACGUAGAAAAAAAAGUGCAUUGUUUGAUGGCUUUGCUUGUCGUCUUGAACUUGAACUUCCAUCCCAUAACGCUUCUCCUCUUUAGGGUCGCGGGAGCAUGCUGGGGCCUAUCCCAGCUGACUUCAGGCGACAGGCGGGGUACACCCUGGACUGGUCGCCAGCCAAUCGCAGGGCACAUAUAGACAAACAACCAUUCACACUCACAUUCAUACCUAUGGACAAUUUAGAGUCGCCAAUUAACCUAACAUGAACUUCACUACAGAAAUCAGUGUUUUCUACACACCCGCUUCUUAAUAUUGUUUCACGAUGAAAUUAAAAAUGUGCCCAUUGCUGAAACCUUUUUAAUAUGUUGGCUUGACUUCGGCUGCAUUGCCUUUUGCAUAAUCUUUUUCAAUUCUUGUAUAUCUGGUAAAGUUUGAUGGCAAAUGCUAAGUGGAUGUAAUACAUAAACCGUGUCUCCUUAUUGCAUAGCUACUUUGGCUGACAUAUUAGCAGUACUCAGGUUAUGUACACAACUAUUUAGGAGUCAUCAUUAUUUCCAUAUUGAAGUGAAUUAUGAUAGCAACUAGUGUGAUUACCUGCAAACUUUGAAAAUGUGAACCUGAAAUACGAAUCAUUAAUAGUUAGAAUAGUAUUUCAAAGUUUACCGGUUAGAUUUGAUAUAUGUUAUGUCUUAUAGAAACACGUAGAUAAUUUUGACUUGUAACUUGCAUGCUGAAAAAGUGCAUGCACCCCUGAUAUACAGGUACUGUAUAACGUACGUAAAUACCUACUUUUAUAUUUUUUAUUUCUAUAUUUAUAGUAGGAGGUAGAUCUUCAUUUUUAAAAUCAGCUCGCAGCUUGAAAAAGAGUGAGCACCCCUGAUGGGAAUGGUUGUCUAAUUCUUAACACGUUCGUCAACCAUUGUCAUCUAACAUGACUUGGAAAUGUUUUCAUUGCGAAGUUCAAAUGAAAGGAACACCGUGAGGAGAAUAGCCGAGUGAAGCAUCGAUACCGAGAGAUCCAAGUCAAGUCAUCAUGUACAUCCACGUGAUAUCGCACACACCUGUCUCUCCUUUGGGACCUGCAAAAAGAACACAAACACAGCAAAACUGUUGAGUAUGUCAUCACUGCUUGUUGAAGGAGCACCUCCUUAUCCUAGAUGAAUAGUUGUCUCUGGAAAAUGACAUCAUUGUUCACGGACUAUACUGUGGACAUUUCGGAUGUCAUAUUCGGAAAGCUUGGAUUAUUCUCUAAACUCCAAAACUAUUUAGACCAGAAAACUUUAAUUAUUGUAAUAUAAGAAAAUAACAUCUGGAAUAUCAAGGCAUUGAAAUAGAGCUGUGCUACCUGGUAGACCACGUGCGCCACUUUCUCCUGGUCUUCCAGGAAAUCCAGGCGGCCCCUGGGGACCCGGCAGUCCAUUGAAACCUUUCUCUCCUGGGGGUCCUGGAGGUCCUGGCCGCCCUGUAUGUUGAUGAGAAAUAAGAGUGAAGUGGGUUCAUUAGCACACAUAUCAUACUAUGCUAAUGACAGCAUAAAAAUGUUAUUUUUUAAAUAUUUUCAUUCAUUUUGUUAUGUUGCAAAUUUAUUCUAAAAUUGAAUAAAUUCAUUUUUAUCCUCAAAAUUCUACACACAAUGCCCCAUAAUGACAACAUAAAAAACUAUUUUUUUUAAAUGUUUGCAAAUGUCAUAAAAAUGUUUUAAAAUGUAAGAACUCACAUGUACAUAAGUAUGGACAACACUUGAUUUUGUUGUGUUGCAGCCUUAUUCCAAAAUGGAAUAAAUUCAUUUUUCUCCUCAAAAUUCUCCACACAAUACCCCAUAAUAACGUGAAAAAAGUUUUUUUUUUAAAUGUUUGAAAAUGUAUUAAAAAACGUUUUCAAAAAUAAGAAAUCACUGCUGGGAAUUGCUGCUGGUUUUGCCGUGAUAAUUAUGACAAUUUGUUGUGGAUUUCAUUUCACAUUGCUGAAUAUAUUACUUAGUUAUCGUUUUAUUUAUAUUAUUGAAGUAUUUGAAUGACCAUUCUGUUCAAUUUGCAUUUCACAAAAUUCUGUAAAAAUAAAAAGGCAUUGUUUUUGGACAGAAUUUGUAGAUUUUCCAUUUUAUGCGUACUGGUUCGGGUGUCGUUUCAGUACAGUACAGUAAUAGUAGUACAGUAAUCCCUCAUUUAGCGCGCUUAAUUGGUUCCAGACUCAACCGUGAUAAGUGAAUUUCCACACAAUAGGAUUCCUUAUUUAUGAAUGGAAUAUUUUCAUAGUUAAAGCAAAGAAUACCUGUUUACCACCUCAUAAAAACGUUUUUUAACAUUAUUAGAGCCGUCUAGACAUGAAAUAACACCCCUAUAGUCACGUUUACACUCCUAUUACCCAAUAUAGUUGACAUAAUAAGAGAAAAUAAGACAUAUAAGACAUAAACAAGCCUCAUGCUUGUGUGUGUGUUGCUGUAAAUGUGUACCAGUGUUGGACAGGAAGCAGCGUUGCGGUUUUUUUAGCUUGGCAUGGUUUACUGCCGCAGCAGAAGCUCGUGUUAGGGAUUAUUGUGCCUGUUGUGAGAUCAUUCAAACCUGCAAUCAAAACCAGUUGUUCCCGUGGUCAAGUCUGGUGCUUGUGUGUCUCACUGAACAUUACAGUAACAUUAUUGACAGCUAGUGACCAGUGUAGAAUACGACAUAUCAUCACAACGUCUUUGAAUGCGUCUUCCGAAUGCCUUAUAUUUGAAUGUUACUUCAAUUAGCCAUUUUUAUGCUUGAAAAAGCUUCAUUUAGGCAAAAAAUAUGUAAAAUUUGCUUAAAUAUGCAUGAAAAAAACUGAUAAUAGGUUGUAUUCAACCACGAAACAGCAUGAUUUAUUCAUUUUAUUUAUUAAUUAAUAUGUUUUGAAAACAUUCAGGCUUAGAAUUUUCCAGAUUCCCAAAUCCCCACUUUUCCCGUAAUUCCUCAUUUCCUGUGCAGCAUUUCAGUCCAGCUUCGUCCCAUCAGCAUUCACAUGCAGUUUCUACACAAAUGACCUCCUACAGUUUAAUAGGAAUUUUCUACAUGUUUAUUUUUCCACAAUGAUGUGGCACAGACACGACAAAGCAAGCUUCCGGUCCAAACGACGGGAGCGAAAGCAUGAAUACAUUUUAUGAAACGUCUUUUGCAUCACACAGCCCCCGAAAUGCGGCGCUCACCACACACUUUUACAGUGCUCUGCGCACGUGUGUGGCUGACAGACCAUUCCUUUUUAAAAGCGCAAUAAAUGUGGAAUGAGCUGAAGUCAACAGUGAAAGCGUCGUAAACACCCACUGACUUCACGGAGAACAGAACAUCUAUGAAGUUCAUGAAACUUGCACAGCCACACAGGCAGGUCACGCUCAAUCUUAUGUUGGAAAUAGCGAAAAGCCACAGUUUUUAACCUCUCAAAGCAGGGGUGUCCAAACUUUUUCCAGAGAGGGCCAUAUACUGAAAAAUGAAAGGCUUUGUGAUAUACAGUAGGUGAAAAGGCAUAUUCCAUCCAUCCAGUUUCUAUGCUGCUUAUCCUCAUUAGGGGGUUGCAGGGGCAUGCUGGAGCCUAUCCCAGUUGACUUCGGGCGAGCGGCGGGGUACACCCUGGACUGGUCGCCAGCCAAUGGCAGGGCACAUAUAGACAAACAACCAUUCACACUCACAUUCAUACCUAUGGACAAUUUAGAGUCUCCAAUUAACCUAACAUGCAUGUUUUUGCAACGUGGGAGGAAACCGGAAUACCCCGGUCUUCCCGGUCUCCUGACUCUGACUGUGUGGCCAACAUGCUAACCACUAGACCAAUGUGCGGCGAAAAAGCGUAUUAUUAGUAUCAAUUUCACUCUUUGUAAAAUUAAAGCUGUUUUUCCCCAUUUUUGCUGUUGUUUUUUUUUUUUUCCACAUAUUUCAGCUUUCUUAUACUAAAUUUUCUUCUCGUAAUUAUGACUUAAUUCCCAUAAUAUUAUGACUUUGUUCCCCAACCUACUUUUCCAAAAACUUUUGAGGAAAAAAUUUAUGUUUCAUUUUUUUUUCUUUAAAAAAGUUAACAUCAUUUUUCUUAAAUAUUUCAACUUUAUGCCUCUGAAAUUACAUCAUUUUUCUUGUAAUAUUAUGAUGUUAUUCUCGUCAAACUCUAUGACUUUUUCUGGUUAGAUUGCAACUUUUUUCUUUUAAUAUUUUGAC